UAUUCUUUAAUGUUUUUUAUAUUUUAUUUCUAAAAUCCUAAACAAAACACGAUUUCCUGCCAUUCCGAUAACCUAACGCUUCAAUCUCGCCGUCGUCCUUCACUUACCACCGCACCAAUCUCGCCGUCGUCCUCCGCUUUGGGCCGUCCUUCGAUUCCAGGGUCGCACCAAUCCCUUUUCAAUCUCUCUGUUAGAGCUACUACACUGCAUAAUAUACAUUCUUCUGCUAUCCUGAAAAACGAGGCAUUUGUUUCAGAGGUAAGUACUAAGGUUGAAGUGUAGAAAUUGGUGGCUUAAACAAUGGGAUCUAACUCGUUGAAGGAUUAUCUAAAGCGAUACGAGAGUAACCCUGAAGAAGACAAGAAAAAGAAGAAGAGAAAGAGGAAAAAUCAACCGCAAGCAACUGGUUUGUUAGUUGUGGAUGAAGAUCCAGCUUGGCAGAAACCCGUAGAUCUGGUCGAAGAAAACGAUGAGAACUUGUCAGAUGGGGAGAAGCCAAUAGUUGAUGAAGACAUUGAAGUAAAGCGAAUGAAGAGGCUUGAGCAGCUGAAGGCCAGACGAGCUUACCAUGAUAUAUCUGAGGAUGGAAGUGGUUGGAUUCCACUUUCUUCUAAAUCUGAGAAUCUUAGUGACUCUAAUCGAAUGGAUGCUGAUUUAUCUCCUUCGCGGCAGCAGUUGAAGCGCAAUGACACUCCAUCACCUGAGCGUGACUCAGAGCGUGAACUUUCUGAGGGACCGAGCCCUGAUUUAUCUCCUCCUCGUAAACAAAGGGAUAGUGACAUGUCACCUCCUCGACGGAAACAUGUUUCUAAUCCGAGUCCAGAUAUUUCUCCUCCUCGUAAACAAAGGGAUAAUGACAUGUCACCUCCUCGACGAAAACAUGUUUCUAAUCCGAGUCCAGAUAUUUCCCCUCCUCGCCGUAGUAGUCGUCAAACAUUUGAAAACAAUGGGAGAAGAAAAUAUGAUACUUCUGAUUUGGAAGAUCUUUCUCCACCGAGACGUGUUCGACAUGAUUCUCCAUCUCAAGAUACUUUACAUGGAUCGGUGUCAUCUGAUCUUUCACCACCGAGGAAACGCCAGCCUAGCGGUGCAAGAUCAAAUUUAUCUGAUGUUUCUCAUCGUGGUUCACAUCCAUCUUUUGAUCGUGACCUCUCUCCACCAAGGAAGAAUGCGAAGGAGCUAUCCGUUCCAGGAUCUGUUAAUGAAAGAAAAACAGGUUUGAUUUCUGGUAAAGAUAUCAGAAAAGAGAUCGACAGAAAGAAGAAGGAUGAUUUGUUGAGGCUUAAACAGAUGGACCCUGUCAUCAGUGGGCGCGGUGCUGAACCUGUAUUUCGUGAUAACAAAGGAGUACGCAUUACCAAAGAGGAAUACUUAAAGUCAAAACAGAAAGUAGAAGAGAAGCCCAAGGAGAUUGAAAUAGAAUGGGGAAAGGGAUUGGCUCAAAAGCGGGAAGCUGAGGCUAAGCAAAAGGAAUUAGAAGUCGAGAAGGAAAAACCUUUUGCGCGGACCAGAGAUGAUCCCGAGCUUGACAAAUCGUUGAAGGAGAGGAUAAGAUGGGGUGAUCCUAUGGCACAUCUUGUAAAGAAGAAAUAUCCAGAGCCUGUUCUGCCGAACUUGGGGGAUAGUGAUAAAAUGAGGGCAUCUGGUUUUGUUGUCCCUCAAGAUAUUCCAGAUCACAGCUGGUUGAAGAGGGGUUUAGAUGCUGCUCCAAAUCGCUAUGGGAUUAGGCCGGGACGACAUUGGGAUGGCGUUGAUCGUAGUAAUGGAUUCGAGAAGGGAAUGUUCAAGAGAACAAAUGAGAGACAAGCUAAAGACAAAGAGGCUUAUCUUUGGUCUGUCUCUGAUAUGUGAUAACUUACAUUAUGACCAAAAAAUUACACAAGUGGUGGUUAACGAUACGCAAAUCUCCGAAGUAUUCAUGUUUAUAAAAUUGUAAUGAUGUGGAUUUGAGGGAUUUAAUGUUGAAUAUGGCCAAAAUUGUGCAAUAGGAAAGUCUCUUGGUUCCAUCACUUUAGAACUAGAUAAAUUAUACUAUAUAAGCAGCAAUUUAUCUUCAGUGUAUGAUUAACCUUAUUCAAAUUUUGCAGAAGAAUGAGGAUAAAUUUUUGUCAUAUAGAAAGUGAAUUGAAUGUAUUGGAUGAGCCAAACUUAUUUGCGAUA